CAAAAGAAGUAUUCGCGAAGCGUCAUGGCGUGGAAAUCGGAAUAUUUUCGCAAAAGUGCAAAAUAAUUAUUGAACUUUAACUCUUAUGUCGUAUUCAUAUCAAUUUUAGAACGUCGUGUAGAAAAUAAUGAGUAAAGGGAACCCCCUAGGGCUUAUCGCGAGUUACGGUGAUUCUGACGAGGAAUCCGAUGAUGGGGCUUCAAAACGUGCAGAAAGUAACAAAAUGAGGGAGCCGGCGUUUGAAGCUAGCCAAGCUGCGGCUGCUCCCGCUGGUAUCCAUCCUGCGCCGAUACCCCACUGUCCCUGGUCAGCAUGCUAUGAUGAGAACAGUGGCUUCACUUACUACUGGAACCAGCAGACCAAUGCAGUGACUUGGGAAGCCCCGCCUGAAUAUUUGCUGGCACUCAAGCUAGCGCAGCAGCAUUUACACACUGCAGGUUCAGCAGAGGUAACGGCAGAGGAAUGGCAGCUAUACCAACAGGCGCUGGCCGAGAAACAAGGCGCUCCAAGCAAAGUGAUUGACAAGGAGCCAACUACAAAGACCAGCAAGAAACAAGACGAGACUACUUCUAAGGACAAACACGGGAAGAAUAGCAAGAAGAGGCCUGCUAGUGAUGAUGAAGAAGAAAAAAUUGAACUCAUAACCUCCUACCACAACUCAGAUUCGGACUCAAAUGACGAGUCAGAGAAAACACCCUCCAAAACGCCACCUCUACCAAAACCACCAAGCAAGCUGCCAAGUCACACCCAGAAGAAACAAAAAACCAAACCGGUCGUGGAGUAUGGACCACCUUUACCACCAAACCAGGAGUAUACUGUACCAAUCGGUCCGGAAUUACCACCGGAAUUAAUGGUUGAAGAAAAACCUAAAUCUCCAGAGCCUAAAGCAGAAAUCUCAGAUGUGAAGGUGGAGGAGGAUGUAAAAACACCAGCAAACUCGCAAGAUGAAGACAGCCAAGAAGAACAAGAACUAUUGAAGAGAUUAAAAGACAAAGCUAAGCUUUUAGAAAAACUAGGUGGUGAACUACCAUCUGAGUUACAACAGAUAAUAAAAGAUGAAUCCUUAUCCAAUGCAGCAUCACCUAAAACAGAAAUCAAAGACAUAAAUUUAGAUAUUGACGAUUUGUUAGAAGAAAUAGAGAAAAAAGAGCUUCCAAGAGUUAAAUCUAAAGAAAAGUCCAUGUCCAAUACAAAUAGUGGUAAUGUUUCACCAAGAAGCAGUGAUAGUAGAACACCGCCUUUAGAAGAAUUAAAAGCCCUAUUUCCAAGUAGUAAUGGCCCCAUACAAGUGAAUAGUCUAUUUCCUAGUGCUGCUAAUAUAGAUGAAAGUAAGCCUAAUUCAAGACCUGAAACUCCACCAAUAGUUGAAAAAGUUGAAAAAGAAAAGGUUCCGAAAGAAAACGUAUAUUUAAUGGAUUCGAAAGAACCAAAAGAAAAUGUUAGUAAAAAGAAAUUAAGGAUUUCCAAUUCAGUUUUACCCGAGCGUAAGAAAUCAGAAAAAGUUGAACUACCUUCAUAUACCACCAAAUAUUCGCAGUUUAUUGAAGGAUUUUCGAGUGAACGGACGGGUUUAGGGUUUACUAAAGGUGAUGAAGAUGAUGAUAGUACUAAAAGUACUGCAACAGUUAGCAGUAGUACAAAAACCAGUGGUACUAUUAAUUAUGGGAAUGGCUUAACAUUCACGAAAGGUGAAACGUUGAAUGAGGAGAAGAAAGAUGAUGAUUUAGAUGAUUUGACUGAUCUGUUGGAAGCAAAGCUGAAGUUUUUGAAUCAGAUACAAACAAACACACUGUCACCGGUUCAAGAGAUGAUUGUACAAAUGCAGACGCUGGUGCACGCGUUCCGCAGCGGCGCGCUGCUGGCGGGCUACUGGCGGCGCUGGGCGCGCGCGGCCGACGCGGCGCUGCGCGCGCACGAGGCGGCCGCCGCGCCGCCGCACUGGCUCUGCGUCUUCCAGAGGUCCGAGGGGCGCUACGUGUACCGGCGCGAGGCGGACGGCUUCACGCAGGCCGAGUACCCCGCCGUGGCCAACACGGACAUGGAGAUAUGUACCACGCCUCCGCACCCCGCUGCUGAGCCCAAGGAGGAGAUAAACCCACCGCUGCCGCCGAUGCCGCCGCCGCCGCCGUCGCCGCCGCGCUGGUGGUCGUCGCGCGCCACGCCGCCGCCGCCCGGCACCGACCCGCCCGCGCCGCACCACCCGCCCGCUCCUCCCCCGUCGACCAUUGGCCAGGAGUCAAAGAAAGAGAUAGGCGAUGAGCUGCUGCUAUCCUUCUACAACGAUAUAGCCGAGUUAGAGAAGACCUCUGGCCCUACGGAACCCAGCUCCCCGGAAAUUCCGCCCCCUCCACCCCCGCCCGACAUAUCCGAGAGACCCAAGGAACGACCCAAGGAGAUCCCCAAAGAGAUCCCUAAAGAAAAACCAAAAGAGAAAGAUUGUAAAGAUAAAGUGGAGAAGGCUAAGAAAAAGUCUAAGGUGAAGCUGUCAUCAUCUCUCGGCAUGAAACAGAAGUCAGUAUCGAGUCUGGUGGCCAAGUGGCAACAAGUCGCCGACGAAAUUGACUCUGAUUGAUACUUUAUACCACUUUCUGUCCUUGGCCUAUGUAUAAUAUACUGGAACAUUAGAAAUUAGUUAAAAUGAUCACAGUCAGUAUCGAGUCUGGUGGCAAAGUGCCAAUAAGUCGCCGACGAAAUUGACUCCGAUUGAUACUUUAUACCACUUCCUGUCCUUGGCCUAUGUAUAAUAUACUGGAACAUUAUAAAUUAGUUAAAUUUAUGAUCACAGUCAGUAUCAAGUCUGGUGGCCAAGUGGCAACAAGUCGCCGACGAAAUUGACUCCGAUUGAUACUUUAUACCACUUUCUGUCCUUGGCCUAUGUAUAAUAUACUGGAACAUUAGAAAUUAGUUAAAAUGAUCACAGUCAGUAUCGAGUCUGGUGGCAAAGUGGCAAUAGGUCGCCGACGAAAUUGACUCCGAUUGAUACUUUACACCCCUUUCUGUCCUUGGCCUAUGUAUAAUAUACUGGA